AGCCGGGCCCAACGCCUGAGUGACCCAGGAAGAGGGCUCCCUGGGAGUGAGUUGCUCCGAAGGCACUAGGAGGCCUCUAAAGCCUUGGAGGAGGCCUUCUCUCUAGGCACAGGCAGUCUGCCGAGGCGCCCUGCUGGGGUGGAGCGAGGGCUUCGAUCGCGGCCAUCUUUUGCCUGCGUUUGCUGCUGCUGCUGCUUCUGGUGGAGCUGGCGCUGAAGGGAAAAUGAUCCACAGCCUGUUUCUUAUAAACUGUUCUGGUGAUAUAUUCUUGGAGAAACACUGGAAGAGUGUUGUUGGACAGUCUGUGUGCGAUUAUUUCUUUGAAGCUCAGGAAAGAGCAGCUGAUGUUGAAAAUGUGCCUCCGGUCAUCCCCACGCCUCAUCACUACCUCAUCAGUAUCUACCGGGAUAAAAUAUUCUUUGUGUCUGUCAUACAGUCAGAAGUGCCACCACUCUUUGUCAUUGAAUUCCUUCACCGUGUAGCAGAUACUUUCCAGGAUUACUUUGGAGAAUGUUCCGAGACUGCAAUUAAAGACAAUGUUGUUAUUGUGUAUGAGCUUCUUGAAGAAAUGCUGGACAAUGGCUUUCCACUGGCAACGGAAUCCAAUAUCUUAAAAGAGCUCAUUAAACCUCCCACGAUCCUGCGUUCUGUUGUCAAUUCCAUUACAGGCAGCAGUAAUGUGGGUGAUACUCUUCCAACGGGCCAACUGUCAAACAUUCCAUGGCGAAGAGCAGGGGUGAAAUAUACAAAUAAUGAAGCCUACUUCGAUGUGAUUGAAGAAAUUGAUGCCAUUAUAGACAAAUCUGGUUCCACGGUCUUUGCAGAAAUCCAAGGUGUCAUUGAUGCCUGCAUCAAGCUUUCAGGGAUGCCUGAUCUGUCCCUAUCUUUUAUGAACCCAAGACUUCUGGAUGAUGUUAGCUUUCAUCCUUGCAUUCGGUUCAAGCGCUGGGAGUCAGAAAGAGUUCUCUCCUUCAUUCCUCCAGAUGGAAACUUCAGAUUGAUUUCAUAUCGGGUUAGCUCACAAAAUUUAGUGGCCAUUCCAGUGUAUGUGAAACAUACAAUUAGUUUCAAAGAAAAUUCAUCUACAGGAAGAUUCGAUGUUACAGUUGGACCCAAACAGAACAUGGGGAAGACAGUGGAAGGAGUCAUAAUGACAGUAAAUAUGCCAAAAGCUGUACUCAAUAUGAACCUUACAGCCACACAGGGGAACUACACAUUUGAUCCUGUCACUAAAGUGUUAACAUGGGAUGUUGGCAAAAUCGCCCCUCAGAAGCUGCCUAGUCUUAAAGGCAUGGUGAAUUUGCAGUCUGGAGCUCCCAAGCCAGAAGAAAAUCCCAGCCUGAAUAUUCAGUUUAAGAUACAGCAGCUAGCUAUUUCAGGAUUGAAAGUAAAUCGCCUAGACAUGUAUGGAGAAAAAUACAAACCCUUUAAAGGUGUGAAGUACAUCACAAAAGCAGGGAAAUUCCAAGUGCGAACAUGAAACAUGGGAUCCCAGUCUUCCUGGCAGAUAAAUGUUGGAGGGGGAGUUGUAUGUUGUUGGGGUUUUUUCCAUUUGAGGGAGAAAUUAGACUUAUUGAUUUAAAAUACUUAAAUGCCAAUUAAUCAUUCCCAUGCACUGUUGCUCUUCAAACUAAAUCAUAGUUUAAUUAAUAGGUCUUUUUAUAUGUGGCUUUGAAAUAGAAAUACAAUUUUCUGUAAUAAUUUCCUUUUGGUGGACCUCUUGGUUCAUAAAUAGUAACUACAACCUGGGACUGUCCACAGAGCCAGCAAACACCAUACACUGCCAAGCAAACUACCAAAGCACAAGAAGAAUGCAGGAAUGUCGGAACACAGAGUGGACCCUGCUUUGAAUGGAAAGAGGUUAAUGUGCUAACUUAAAAACCCUGUUAGAAAUUGUUGUUGUUAUGUAAUACUUUUCAAGGCCUUGUAGGAAAAGAGUGGGACUAGAAGUCUUUUUCAGUUCUCUGAAAAAUGUCUCUUCAGUGGCACAAAAAAAGGUUUUCCCUGCAUUGUUUACAACCUGCUGCCUUUUCAGUCAAAACUGUUUGCCUUAUCAGCUUGUGAAUUCAGCAGACAAUCUGUAGCCAAGCAUAGAUUCACUAUAACUUGCUUUACUUUGCAGGUGAAAAAAUGUAUGGAAGUGAUAUCUUUGCACAGUUUAACAGGUACCACCACUCUGAAAGUGUCUUUCCACUUUAUACCCCGUUGUGUGCCAUUCAUACCUCAAGAGUAGCUCACUAUAGGCACAGCAAACUUUAAAGGUUGUAUUGCUUAUUUGUAAUAAAAUAAAAGGGAACUCA